UUCAUCAGUGAGAAAGGUUGCUCCAAAAAUAUAGCUAUGGAGCUCCGCUCUUUUGGUGUUUUGUCAAUAAUUUGUCUGCUGGUGGACUUUUCUCACCAGCAAGAAACGAAUCCAAAGGUCGCCAUUCGCCAGGGCACCCUCGUGGGCAAAUUCAUGACCUCAAGGCUGAACAACAGGUUCUCUGCUUUCCAGGGCAUCCCUUUCGCAGCUCCACCGAUCGGAAAUUUCCGAUUCAGGGAUCCAGUUAAUCAUCGUGGUUGGAAGGGUGAGCGGAUGGCUCAAGAAGAGGGCAGUGUGUGUCUUCAACUGAUGAGGGGACAAAUCAUGGGCUCCGAGGAUUGCCUUUUUCUGAACGUCUACACUCCAAACGUGACUGCUUCAAAUUUAUCCGUAAUGGUUUGGAUUCACGGUGGAGGUCUGACCACGGGUUCAGGAAAUUCUGAUAUCUACGGUCCACAAUAUCUGAUUGAUCAGAACGUGAUUCUUGUGACACUCAACUACAGGCUUGGAAUGCUUGGUUUUCUAAAUACGGGGAUUCCAGAGUUGCAUGGAAAUUAUGGUUUGAAAGAUAACUUAGCUGCCCUCAAGUGGGUGCAACAAAACAUCAUGGCUUUUGGUGGAAACCCAAAAUCAGUGACCCUUUUUGGGUGGAGUUCCGGAUCUGCAAGUGUAAACUUCUUGCUUUUAUCACCCUUAUCCCGAGGUCUAUUUCAGCGAGCCAUUUUAGAAAGUGGAAGUGCGCUGAAUUCCUGGGCCUUUCAGCCCAAUGGAGCUGAAAUUGGUGCCAGGGCGGUGGCCGACCUGGGCUGCGGCUCUGGAGAGGCGGCCCUCGAGUGUCUUCGGAAAACCGAGCCGAAGAAAUUCCUUGACGAAGCCGCAGUCGUGGCGGCACGUGAGUGGCACCGCGAUGGAUUCACCGUUUCGCAAGAACCAAAUUACACCGCUUCACCAGUUCUGCCCAAAAACCCUCUCAAUUUAAGAAUAAUGGAUGUGCCAGUCAUGACUGGUGUCAUGACCCAGGAGGCCCUUCUCAACCUCAUUUUUUUGCGUCCUCUUGAAAUUGAAAAGGAAUUUGGAGAAAGACGAUUUUACUACGUUCCCUAUGAUCUUGGUCUGAAAAGGAACAGUAGCGAAUUUGAGGACGCUUGGAUGCAAAUCAGGAACUUUUACAAAGCGCUUCCACUUGACGAAAUGAAGCAGUAUCUUGCGAUGGCUUCAGAUGCUGAAUAUGCAGUUGGUGUGGAUCAAUUGGUGCGAAGUGAGGUUGCAAAACGGCGGAGGAGCCCAAUUUAUUACUACCAAUUUUCAUAUGAAGGAUCCAUAAGUCUAAUCAAAAGCCAAUUGAUGCCACCAAAUAUGUCAGGAUCUGCUCACGGGGAUGAAUUAGGUUAUUUGUUUUCAAGAAAUGGAGUAGAUUGGAAAAAUCUCACUGCCAAAGAUUUGUCAACUAUUGAUAAAUUGACAACGAUGUGGGCAAACUUCGCUAAAAAGGGAAAUCCCACUCCGGAUUCUGGACUUGGUGUGAAGUGGAUCCCAGUAAAGCGAAAUAAUAUAAGAGAUCCUAGUGCAGUUCAUACUCAGUACAUGGAUAUUGGAGAGAAUUUGACUAUGAGGAACGAAAGUCUCAACAGCCAGCGAAUGCAAUUUUGGUCAAAGCUCUACCGAUCUCAAGGAUUCGCAACUCGACCAAGCGGAAAUAUGCUGGCUGAUAGAAUAAGGGGGAAGAUUUUGCACAUUAAUUUAUUCAGAAACCGUCAGAAACGUGUUCGAUAAUAAUCUGUUUAAUUCAUUUUUAUUGAUCUUUUUACUAAUCAUGAGUAAACGCACAAUUAUUAAAAUUUAAUUAAAUUGAAAUUGUACUCACCACAUUGACAAAAUCUUGGAAGGUGAUCGCUGAUGUUAGUCUUUGUUGCGCCUUUUCGGUCAAAAUUUCACGUUUAUUUGGCUCCACUUGUGCAAUAAAAUCCGGAGAACGGAGAGCCACCAUGAAGUCUUCCCAAGGGAUUUCUCCAAACCCUUCAGGAUCAUACUGAAAUUAAAAUAAUAAAUAAUAAUAAUAUAUACACAGUUAUUAUACAUUUCAUUUUUUUUUUAUAAGAAAAAA